GCUUUGCCACUUUUGCCGGGGAAACGUUUGAAAGGUGGACGGUGAACAUUUAAAUUUAUCUUUGUUUCCUUCGAGUUUAUCAUAAUUUAAAAUGGAUUUUGUAUUUGAACACCCAGUAUUAUCGCUAGGUAUAUCUGCGGUAAUAUUACUUCUAUUGGGUUAUGCAGCUAUGAACAUUUGGUUUAUAAUCCAGAAUGGAUUUUUUAUAUCUGUGAACUGUUGGUUUUGCAACCAGAACUCAAAAAUGUUAUACUCGGAAAGAAACUGCUUUGUGUGCCCAUUAUGUUGUCAGUAUAAUGGCUUCACUAAGGAUGGCGGCUACAACAAAGUAAUUGAAGCUCAACACAAAUUGUCAGAUGGGGAUUGGACUGCACCAGAAACCUCCAGUAUUGCAUCUAAUGGACUAUGCAAUACUUGUAAUAGAAAUCAUGAAUUGAAAGUAAUUCAACUUUCCCAAUUCGAGCCAAUGAAUUAUAAAAACUAUGAUAAAGAAAUUCAACAUUUUGAGGAACAGCUUGAAAAGACUUAUGAGCUUUGCGAGACAUGCUUGAAAACGGUUAAAAAGACUAUUAGAGAGCAGAAUGCAUGGAUAUUUGGAUAUAAACUACCGAACUCAAAAAAACGUAAAUUGAUAAUGAAUCAGGACAGCAAAACAUUUAGUUUAGGUAUUAAUAUGUUUUUAUUUGUAUUGUCAUUUUUAAAUGUAUUUAUUUUGUGUGAUUUGGAUGUUUUUCUACCAAAUGAGAGUACAUUGCCAGGUUAUGUGAUGUCCGAUUUAUAUUUGAGUUCAUUAGGAUUUAUAACAGAAUACUCAAAAUUAAUUGCACAAAAUAAUUUUUCAACAAAAUUCAAUCAACUACUUGCUUGGUUUAUCGUAACUCUUAUAUCUUUAAUUGACCCUAAAAAUAGUGUUAUUCCAUAUUUAGAGUAUUUAGAAAUUAUUUUUUCUUUAUAUUUGACCUAUAUCUAUGCCGCUACUUGUAUAAAAUGUUGUAAGGCCCGAAAAAUAAGUUAUGCAAAAUCAUUCAAUAGUACUAAUAAUACAUCAUUUGAUUCAUCAAAUAGUACUAAUGGUACUAAUAUUACCUCUUUCGCGUCCGCUCAGAAUAGUUUCAACCAGUCAAAGGAGGACAUCCCGAUGAGGACGAAUCCUGUAUUUUCUCCAGGUUUUAAUAAGUCGGUAAAAGAUAAUCCAUUUUCAAAUCAAUUACAGCAACAAAGCCCCAGCCAAAACAUGAGUUUUGCCUCUGCAAUACCAAGAAAUAAUUUAAACUUAACUAAUAGGAAUCUUGGCCCUGAACCAGCAAGUAGCAAAAGUGUAUUGAACACAUUUUUUGAUGAAUUAAAAAUUUCAAGUCCUUCAAAGAAAAGGAAAACAACCCAAAAUUAUUUUAAAAACCCUCAGUUGCCACCAGUUUUUCACCAAAAUUCUAAUUUGCGUCCACGGCUAUCGCAAAGGCAUAAAUUAUCAUCAGAUCUAGAUACUCGAGCGUGUCCAGUUUCCGAUCAAAAUACUGAAGCAAUUUCUAUUAGAGAUGAAGCAUUUUUUUCAAUAAAUCUGUUCAAUCAAGAAAUGGGCUCGUGUUCUGUUAGAAAUCGCGAUAGUUUCAACAGGCUUUCUGAUCAAUACAACGAUCCAAAUUACACUGCUACAUCUUCUCUAAAACUGGUGAGAUUGCCACAGGGCUCUCUAAAUCGUCCUAGAUCUCAAAGCAACUUCAACAUUUCUAUCUAGUUGUUAUUUCGAGUAGCUUAGGACUCUUCUUAAAAUGACGUCUAAAUCACUGUUAAGCAGCUCAAGGAAACACUCUCGCAAGUGAUUACUAGUUCCUUGUUUCCCAAACCGUUAUCUACUUUUAGGAAUGUUAUAUUUUUAUUUCGGUAGCAUAGAAAAUCAACGACCUACCUCUGAUUUUACAUAGGUAAAAGUAUAUUUUACAAGAUUUACAAUUACAGUAAUGUCUGCUUAUAACGAACCUCAAGGAACUAAUUUGUUCGUUUUAACUUUUAUGUUGAAUAUUAUGCAUUAAAUUAUUGCAUAAAUCAAGUAUGGACAAGAAUAAAUAAAUAGGGAUAAUUAAUGUGUCUCAUGUUCUCUCAAUCGUAGGCCUCCGUUACGCGUCAGCCUUCAAACUUUGAGCUCAGCACAAAAAGACACUUCUUGGCUUAAUGUCUUAAAUAACUAUUUUGUAGAAUACAUUAAUUAACAAGUUUUCAAGAACUUCAUUUGAAAAAAUCGUUAAUUUUGGUUUGUUUUAUUUCAUGACAUUACAAGGCGUUGAAGUUUGAUAUUGAUUAUUCUUGUUGAUUGGUUCGAUAUAGACAAAAGCUUACUAAAAACGGGUUCCUUAUAAGAGAACAUUACUGUUUAUCUUAAGGUUGGAAAUGACAAUAGUGAAAACUUGACAUAGGAGUAACUUACACCAAAGCAAAUUUUAACAUUAGGUUUGGUUUUGUGUUAGGGCAUUAACAAGAAUAGGCCUCUUGCAUACAUUGUUAUUUUUGCCUGAAAAAUUCUUAAAUAAAUAGCCUUCCACAGUAUUUUUUUCCAAGAGACCUUCUAAUGUGUCUGGGAAAAUAACUCCUCUAAAUUUGACUUAACACGAAAACGCUUCGCCAUUUUUUGUGUCGUCACGAGGUAUGAACGUUCUACUGCUGAUAUUUAAAAUAUAUUUUUCUUCAUCAUUUAUUGUUUACCUUAAAACAGUAAGAGAACUGGUGCUGAGGCCUAUUCAUAUUGCUUUCUGUCCAAACAAAAGUGAGAUUAGGCUAAUAUAUAUAUAUUUUUUUUUACUUCAUAAGUAACUCGUCUAGGAAAAUUGUCGAAAAAUACAUGCAUUUCAAGAAAAAAAUUCCUACCCAAAUAAAUUUUUUAGGGAUGAUAGAGGGCGGGUGGGUGAUCAUAAAACCGAAGAAGAUUUCAUAAAGCAAAAACGUGAUAUGUGUUGUAGAAAUUUUUUUCACGUUGGCUAAAAUUUUUUAUUUUCAUUAUAAAUUUCAAAUAGCCCUUAUGACCACAGACGGCCCUUAAUCAAAAAAGUCUUUAUAUAAACAUUGUAGAUCAAAUAAUGUUGCACAUCUUUUAUCUGAAACAUUUUUUUGUAAAAUCAAUAGGUACCAAGUAAUCGCCAAUGGCGCACUUUCAACCCCUAUAGCGCAAAACGCCAGAAAGGUGAAUGUUUGAUAUCCUCGGUUUUAUGAUCACCCACCCGCCCCCUAUCAUCCCUGAAAAAUUCAUUUGGGUAGGAUUUUUUUUUUUUUGAAAAUCGACAAUUUUCCUAGACUAAAUAUCUGCAAGGCGCUUAUUAUCCAAGUUUUAUUUUUGUAUACCUAUAAUACAUUAUAAAUAUUACCAAAUGCCAUCAAUUUGAAAUGAGUCAUUCUACUCUGUAAUUCCCCUCGUCCAAGUGGUUUUUUUUACAUAGUUUUUAUAGUAGGUAAGACAUUUUGUGAGAAGUUUUUUAAGCUGGAAGGCCUGGAUUUGGUUAAAUAUUACCAUUUUUUUAUGCCUAUGAGAAUACAUAGGUAUAUUAAGUUUUGUUUUUGGAUUCUCUUUGAUUACGACAUAGAAACUUUAAAUAUUAGGUUUAGUAUUGAGACAUUAACAAGAAUUAUUUAGGUUAAUUUUUUGUAUACAUAUGAGAAUACAUAGUGAGUUCUGUUAAAUUCUGUUCGAUUAGACAUAUACAUAAACAUUUAAUAUUACACAAAGUUAUAAAUAUUAGGUUCAUUACCCGGAUAAUAAGAUAUAGGGCGCUUUCUUUUAUUCAGCAAUGGAUCCAUCUGCUGCCAGCAUUAUGAGACAGAUAUUCCUAUUUUCUAUGAGCUAGACAAAGAAAGGCAAAUUACCGAUGGAUCCACCACUGAAUAAAAGAAAUAUAUUUUUUUUUUAAAUAUUUUUAAAUGUAUAAACUCAACAUAUUUUGAAUAUUUAUCAAUAUUUUCAAUAUUGUAUUGCUCAAAUAUCAAUAAAAAAUAUUAAAUGAAUAUUUUAAAUAAUUAAUAUUAGUCACC